CGAGCAGGAGCGCGGCGGCGGCGGAGGCAGCGGGCGCGGCGCGGGGCUCGGGGCCGGCGGGCGGCCCGGCGGCGCGGGCCGCCGAGUAGCCGCGGGCGGCGGCGGGACAGCGCGGGGCAUGCGGCCGGCCGCCCGACCCCGAGCCGGACCCCGAGCCUCAGCCCCAGCUCCAGCCCGAGCGCCGCGCCGCGCCCCGCGCGCCUAAGAGCGGGCACCUUACGGACGCUGACCCCAGAGCCCCCGAGCCUCUGGGUCCCCGAGUCCCCGCAGACCCCAGGACCCGGGACAACUGUUGCGGCGGCGGCGGGGGCACCGCGGAGACGUGGGCAGCCCCCGCGCCCCGGCAGGCGGCUCCCGCGGGCUUCGGCUCCCGGCUGCGGAGCGAGGAGCGAGCGGGCGGCGGGCACGAGGCAGCUCCGGACGGAUCGAUGCAAGCCAAACGAUGACCAGUUGUGGCCAGCAGUCCCUGAAUGUGCUCACCGUCCUCUUCUCGUUGCUGUUUUCUGCAGUCUUGUCCGCACAUUUCCGGGUCUGUGAACCAUACACGGACCACAAAGGCCGCUACCACUUUGGCUUCCACUGCCCCCGGCUCUCGGACAACAAAACCUUCAUCCUCUGUUGUCACCACAACAACACGGUCUUCAAGUACUGCUGCAACGAGACGGAGUUCCAGGCGGUGAUGCAGGCCAACCUGACGGCCAGCUCCGAGGGCUACGUGCACAACAAUUACACCGCACUGUUGGGAGUGUGGAUCUAUGGCUUUUUCGUGUUGAUGCUCCUGGUUCUGGAUCUUUUGUAUUACUCGGCAAUGAACUACGACAUUUGCAAGGUGUACCUGACACGGUGGGGUAUCCACGGACGAUGGAUGAAGCAGGACCCUCGGCAGUGGGGGAACCCUGCUCGGGGCCCUCGGCCGGGGCAGCCGGCCCCACAGCCGCAGCCUCCUCCAGCCCCGCUGCCGCAAGCCCCUCAGGCCUUGCACACACUGCGGGGAGACACCCACAGCACACCGCUGAUGACCUUCCAGAGUUCGUCUGCCUGAAAACCCUUUUGCUGUGCCUCAGAAUGAGGGAGGUGAGAUCUGAAGCACUCAGCACAGCCUCCGAGAGGAGCAACUUCUACAGAGAUGCCAGGGAGAGCUGAGGCGGCGGUGGCGGUGGCAGAGGAGGAAACGCCGCCUGUGCCCAAAAUCCCCUUCCAUGGACUUCUGAGAUUAGGAGAAAACUCAGGGGGAGGGGUUGGGGGUGCAGGGGAGGAGAUUAUGAGCCACCUGUCCAUAAGCAAUAGUCCUAUUUUGGGCUGGUGGCUUCUGAGAGGUGACUCAUUGUGAACUUGGGAUGACCAACACAAAGCUGCUCUGGCUGAUCUGAGCCAGAAGGAUCUAGGCCUGUGAGUCAUACCUGUGGUUUAAACACCAAUACUUCCCUUGCCUCUGCCCCCUCCAAUAGUGGCCCCUUGGGCCUAUCCAUAUCAGAAUAUUGAAUGUGCGUGUCUGUGCGUGUGCUCAGGUGUGUGUGUGAUUCUGGGUAUUCUUUUUGUUUGUUUGUUUGGGUGGGUGGGUUGUUCAUUUUUAUUGGUGUUUCCCCUCGCCCAAGUUCUCUGAUGAAUACAAGUCACCAUGUGGUUGGGGGUUCUUGCCAGGGUCAGCAUCCAGAGCUUAAGCUUCUUGCUGGAGCCAGUAGCUGUGAGCCACAUGGAGUCGGCUGAACAUAGGGUACAGCCCCGCCGUGUCUUAGGAGCCAUUGGGGAUUGGAAAAUGCCUGUCAGGGUUGGUUCUUACAGAAAUCUUUCCUGUUAACAACAGUAAUAAUAAGGGACACAUCUCAGGCCAACCCUAGGCACCAGAUUGGGUAUUUUUAUGUACACUCUCUCACCACCUGGGAAGCAGGUGUGAUGAGCCUCCUGCAGAAACAGUUCAGAGAGGGAAGGAGUGUCCAGGGUCACACAGCCAGGAGGAGCCAGCCUCACCUGAGGGGCAUAGGAACCAAAAAUCCAGGUUCCCAGACGUGACAUGCUCCCCAGCCCAGGGCACACCCAGUGCAAUCCCCGGAGCAUCUCCCUAAUGUCCUCUCAAGGGGGGGCCCGUGCCCCGAGUUCUCCACCAUCACUGUCUGGAGCCCCUGUCCACUCACCACAUUCUAGUUAUGCACCUGCUGUGUGCCAGGCGAUGCGCUGGGCAGUGACAGGGAUUGGAGAUGACUUAGACCUCACCUUUGUCCCCAGGGAGGUCCCUGCCUGGUGGGAGAGACAAACCCAUGGGUCUUUGCUGGGAAGGGUGAUGAGGACUAUGAAAACCCAGAGAGGAACGUUCUAGAAAUCCAUCCACUUUAAGGUGGGACUGCCAUGUUAACCCAGAUCCCCAUAGCAUCCUCCCACAGAGCUCCCUGCCUUCACUACCUACCUUGCUGCCUGGGGCACACACAGGGAAGGAUGUCACCUAAAUGAUGAUCACAUAUGUCCCUGAAGGCUACACUGCCAGUGUAGAAACACUCAUUCUACUGGUGUUUGUGACACCAAAGUCUCCCACAGCUCUCAGCUUGGGAGCCCUGCUCAGACACAUGUCCGCUCUGUCCCUGCCCCCUUGUUCAACCCAGUGUUCUUACACAGACUGUCCACCUGUUUAGCACACAUGACAGUGGGGCCCGGCUGGGCCAGGUGGGCCCCUGCUCACAGUGAGGGCCUUCUAGCUGGGGAAGGAAGGCAGGGAAGAAGGGAGGUGGCCGAGGCGGUGAGAGCUGUAUCAAGAAUUGAGUCAAAGCAAGGGCAUGUGAGUGAGGGCUGUGGUCUCAGAAGGUCCUUCUUGCUGUGGUAUUUGAGCCCAGAUUUGAAUGACAAGUAGUAACCAGCCACCGACAUUGAAGCUGGGAGGAGGACAUUCCGGGCAGAGGGAGCUGUCAGUGCAAAGGCCUAGAGACAGCCACAGGCUUGGUGGUCCCCCGGACCCAGAGGUAGAGCAGAAGGAGGCAGUGGGGACAGGACCUACUCUGGGGUCUGCCAGAGUCAUUGUAAUGCUGAGAAAAUACAGUGUCCCCUUCAACCAAGUACCACACGUCUUGGCUUUUCAACAGUCCCAUAAAGAAGGGUCUCUCCCCAUUUCACAGAACGGGAGACCAGGAUUCACUUGACUCGCCUGAGGUCACACAGGCAGGCUGUGGGAAACCUCAUCUUCUGGCCCUGUCGUGGUAUCUGAGCCCAGAUCUUCUCUAGACAGUGCUGGCGGAAUCAAAGCAGGACUUUUGCUUGAGGUCAUGAUCAGGUUUAGGCACAGCAUCCUUUCCUCUGGAUGCCAAGUCCUCCCAGGUCGUGCUGGGACCUUGGUGUCACAGGCCACCCUCCGGCUCACGUGUGCAGCCCCACCUGCGUCCCACAUGCAGUGCCUCAGAGGAAGGGUAUGUUCAGGGUGGAGGUCCUAGACCCAGGCUCUGACAUCAGCUCCACCACUAGUUGCAGUGUGACCUCAGGCGAGGCUGGACCCUUGCCACCCUGUUUAAGGGUUUGUAGCCCUGGGGUCCUGGCGCUCUGGGUGCUCACACAGCUACUCACAGAGCCGUGCCUCUGCUCCCAAGAAGGAACUGUGGCCAAAUGACAGUGAGGGCUGGGAGUCCCCUGAUUUGCAUCCCCUGAGAGUUCCUAGAGGAGGACACGCCUCCUGGCCGCACAGGUGUUUUCAGGAAUAACUGAAAAUUCCCAUGGGGUGGUUGCCCUGCUACUCUGCUGAGUCCCUCUUGGGUGUCUGGGCCAGGGACUGGAACAUUCUGCAGGGGGCAGGAGGCUUCAUGCCCUUGUGUCUCCACAGAGAUCACACACACCAGCAUGCCUGGCGGGGCACACUGGGCAGGGGCCACAGCACCACUGUCCCCAGCAGUGUCAAGGGCUCCUCAAAACCCCACGGGACCCCAGGUCAUGAUGAAAACCCGUCCCCACCCUGGUGUGGCUGUGGCUGUAGCUGUGGCUGAUGGACGUGCCGAUGAGCAGAGUGUCCCUAGGAAUGAGACGCAGGGUAGUGAGGAGUGUAAUUGCGGAUUUGGAGAGUUGUUUUUUUAGUGUCCCCAAACCUAAUUUUUUACGCUGCCUCCUUUUUCUUUGUACUGUGAGCUUCUCUCUAUCACUACGUAAUUUUUAAUAAUAAUAAUACAAAAAGUUAAAUAAAAAGAAGAGAAAGAUGACGACGACGCUGUAUGUCCGCUGAGCAGUCUGCACCUGACGCCGGUGUGUGCAACUGCCGUGUCUGCAGACCGUUUCCCCCUGGGAACUGUGUGAUCCAUGAGCAGUUUUAUGCUUUCCCUAUUGUCUACGUAUGGUGUGACUGGUGUGUGUUCCGGAAUCUCUAUCAGAAUCGUAGUUGGCAGUACUGUGGGCUCACUGCCCUCGCCUUAGCCUCAGAGAUGGCCCUGGGCCUAAGAAGCCGCCUGCUCACACACCUCGCUGGGACUCUCCAGCUGCCAGGCUGGCCCCUGACCGCGACCAUUGGCAAUGUGCAAUAGGCCUUAAUUCAAAACACCCGUGCACACACAUGUACAUACACAUUCACAUAUUUGUGCACAUGUGUGCACACAGCCACACACAUGCCCACACAUGCAUGUCCACACACGUGCGCAUGCAUGAACACGUGGACACGCCCAUACACCCACACAUGUACACAGACAUGCAUUCAUGCACACACGUGUGCACAGCAUAGCCACACGUGCACACAGACACAGAGACACACACAAUUCUGUGAAUGGAUCUGGCCCUUCUUGCUGUCUCCAAUGUUCUAGAAAGCAGCAGGUAGGCUGCUUGUAGUGUUCCCAGGGCAGGUGGUAUUUCCCCUCAUCAUCAGAAAAAUUCAGGCACAUUUGGCCCCAGGGCUGAAAAGGAAUUGAGGGUGUCAGGGAAAACUUGGCGACAAGUGGGGUUAUCAGGCUUCUUCAUAUGAGAAGCGGCUCUCAGCUCACCACCAACCCAAAAGCUGUAUUCAGGUCAGUUCAGAUGAACCAGGGCUGUGGGUGUGGCUGUGCCCAGCACUGACCCUUGCAGAGCCCACUGUCCAUGCCAGGUCAGGGCUCCAGCCCAUGUGGCCUGGCCCUUUCAUCCCUCUAGCUACAGUCUUGCCUAGGCCUCUCCCCUGCCAUGCUGACUCGGCAUCUACUAGAGGUCACCAGGUGCAGGGUACCUAACAGAGGUGCUACAUAGAGGCUUAGUGAGUGGACAGAUUAGGCUAUCCAUCAGUCUGUACCUGAAACUCCUAUCUGCACAUCAAAGCCCUGACCAAUUUGCCCUUGACAGACUGAACUUGAGGGCUGCUGCAAGGCCCACCUCCAGGAGGCACCCCUCACAACACUAUCACAUGAGUGGCAGUGGGCUCCCAGGGCUCCUGUGUAUAACAGAGGCAGCACUGAGAAGAGGGGCCCUGGGUAUGUGCGAUGAGGUGCCCUGCUGAAUUGCCCUAAAUGUGUAGGAUCCUGUUGCAGCAGGAGGCAACCCUGAGCGUGGGAUCAAAAACGAUUACACAGCCACCACCACAAGCAUCCAGUGUGGCCAUGACAGAACCGUGCUGGUGGCCCCACAGUGCCUCUCCUUAGAACGGCCCCCCAGUUUCUCCCACCCUGCCUCUUUCUCUUUCUUCCCCAUUUCUAUUUUAGAGCUAGUGGUAAUGUCACGGCCACAGAACCAACCAGGCAGCGUUGGGUGAGGGGCUCAGUCACCUUUACGAGGCAGAAAACCACCUGCAAAAGACCAGUGUGGCCUCCCCAGGGUCAGCUGGACAAGGGCAUGUGACUGUGAGGACCGGGGAGAUCCUUUCUGUCCUUUCAGUCUGACUUUACAUGAGCAGGGUCCCUCUGAGAGCUGAUAAGCAAGAAAGCCAAAAACCAGUACUAGUCUAAUAAUAAUACAACAGGACGGUAAUAGUGCGUUUUAACCGACUGCUGUUGCUCUGCUUUUGUCUUUAUAUAAGUAGUUUUUAUAAAGACGUCCUUAGGUUUUAAUAAAGGAGUGUCAUGUCAAC